AAGAGAAACUCAGCCGUAGGAGAUCGCGCCGCAGAAAUGACCAUCAAGAGGCCGCGUAGCUCACUAUAAAAAAAACGAUUUUCUACUGUUUAUUUUUUCCUUCUUUUUUUCUUGGGACGUAGAGAGUUGUUUUCGCUCCAAGGAGACCGAAUUGCGAAAAAAAAGAAGAGAAAGAGUCGUUCUUGGCCAUUUCGUGUUUGACCAAAUUCCAAACAUUCAUUUGGUAUAGUAGAAGCCUUUGAGAGAUUUUUCAAAGACGAUGGGCCUCUGAAGAGAAAUGCGUUCUUGAAUUCGCGUCCAUUCGAGAUUUGUUUUCUUCGAGUCUGUUCGAUCCGACUUCCGAGACGAGUCCAUGGCUGCGCCUAGCUCUCGAGCUCAGUCGUUUGGUCAAACCGAGAUUAACUGGGACAAGCUUGACAAGACCAAGUUUUAUGUCGUAGGGGCUGGCCUCUUUACAGGAGUUACCGUGGCACUGUACCCAGUCUCUGUGGUAAAAACCAGGCUGCAGGUUGCAUCAAAGGAUGUUGCCGAGAGAAAUGCAAUUUCUGUCAUCAAAGGGAUACUGAGAACUGAUGGGGUUCCUGGUCUAUACAGAGGGUUCGGUACAGUCAUAACUGGUGCAGUUCCUGCCAGGGUCAUUUUUCUUACUGCUUUAGAGACCACAAAAGUGGCUGCCUUCAGGAUGGCUGAACCAUUUAAAUUAUCUGAGCCUACAGAGGCAGCCAUAGCAAAUGGAAUAGCUGGCAUGAUAGCAUCGGUUUUUUCUCAGGCUGUGUUUGUUCCAAUUGAUGUGAUUAGCCAAAAGUUGAUGGUCCAAGGAUACUCAGGCCACGCAAAGUACAGUGGGGGUUUAGAUGUUGCUCGUAAGGUUAUAAAGUCUGAUGGCAUUCGAGGAUUAUACAGAGGGUUUGGUCUAUCUGUUAUGACUUAUUCUCCAUCAAGUGCUGUAUGGUGGGCAAGUUAUGGUUCAAGCCAACGCUUCCUCUGGAGUCUCUUAGGCCACGGCACUGAUCAUGAGGAAGCUGCUCCUAGCCAGUCAAAAAUAGUGUUAGUCCAAGCUACUGGAGGAAUUAUUGCAGGAGCAACAGCGUCCUGCAUCACAACCCCAUUGGACACCAUUAAGACACGCUUACAGGUGAUGGGACAUGAAAAGAGAACCACUGCAAGAGAAGUUGUUAAAGGCUUGAUUAAAGAUGAUGGUUGGAAAGGUUUCUACAGAGGAUUGGGUCCAAGAUUUUUCAGCAUGUCAGCUUGGGGAACCUCAAUGAUAUUGGCUUAUGAAUAUCUGAGUAUGACUCCUCCCUCCAAAAAAUCAUUAUUCUGGAGUACAUGAAUAUUGAGAUGACAAAAGCGCUUGUGUGCAAAAGAUGACUUGAUGUGAUUUACUGCUGGUCCACAACCUUCCUUCUUCUUGGCAUGAGAGGUAGUUAUUUUUGGUCAAAAACUGGCUGAGAUUCAUCAUUUUGUUGACAGUGGCUGUUUUGGAUAGCUCUUGAGUUCCAGAAACAGAAUAGCUGGAUAUUGAAGCUUUUGGGGCUAUUUUGAUUAAGGAGCCAACAUUGUGGUUACCAGAACAGCUAGAUAUUUGCUCUCUUAUUUUUGCGAUAAAAUUGAAUCAAUACGAGGCUCUGGCAACUAACAAGUGUAUUCUUUGGCAUAGUAAAUGCAAAUAAUUUUGAUUUUUUUGAGA